UACGCGGGCCCCAGCAGCAGGCGGAGGGGAGAAGGAAGCCUGCAGCCUGUAAACGACGGGUGCCUCGGGAGGAAAAGGCUGGAACAACGGUCGCCCUCCCUAAUUCCUCAGCUGCCCUUUUGGAACUCGGGCAGUGGCUGUGACUGGAUGCCUAGGUGACUGAUCUUCGGUGUGCCAUACAGCAGUAACAUGUUCCCAGCGCUGGAAACAGACCUAAAGCAGGAGACUCAUCCUGAUCCUUAUGAAGACUUUAUGUACCGCCACCUCCAGUACUAUGGCUACUAUAAAGGGCCUCCCCGUCUCUCUUCCUCAGCUGUGCACAGACAGACAGAAGCUGUGAGCAGAGAUUCUUUUGUGCUGAGUUCACCGCUUUUGAAGAGGAGACAGCUGCUUCACGAGGAGUUUGGUGAAGCAAACCCGCGUCUUCGUCUUCGAGAGCCCCGAGAUCUCUUUGCCUUUUUCUCCGGCAGCGAGCCAAUGCAGGCCCCCAGAUGGCCCGUAGAGUGUGAGGUCAUCAAGGAGAACAUCCAUCACAUUGAGAGAGUUCCACCUCAACCAGAAUAUUUUUAUCAACCUACAGGAAACGAAAAGGUGCCAGAAAUUGUAGGAGAGGAAAAAGGCACAGUUGUCUACCAAUUAGAUUCAGUGCCCACCAAAGGCUCCUAUUUCACCAGUUCCAGGGUGGGAGGCAAGCGAGGAACUAUCAGGGAACCCGCUGUCACGCUGCAGGGACCAGAAGAUAACACGCUCCUGUUUGAAUCCAGGUUCGAGAGUGGGAAUCUGCAAAAAGCUGUCAGAGUAGACACCUACGAGUAUGAGCUGACCUUGCGAACUGACCUCUACACAAACAAACACACUCAGUGGUUUUAUUUUCGAGUUCAGAACACCAGGAAAGAUGCCACCUAUCGCUUCACCAUUGUCAACUUGCUGAAACCCAAGAGCCUUUACGCAGUAGGGAUGAAGCCGCUCAUGUACUCCCAGUUGGAUGCCAGCACCCACAACAUUGGCUGGAGAAGAGAAGGAAGUGAAAUCAGGUACUACAAGAACAACACGGAUGACGGGCAGCAGCCCUUCUACUGUCUGACGUGGACCAUUCAGUUUCCGCACGACCAGGACACUUGCUUCUUUGCACACUUCUACCCAUAUACGUACACUGAUUUGCAGUACUACCUCCUGUCGGUGGUAAACAACCCCCUCCAGUCUCGGUUCUGCAAACUUCGGACUUUAUGCAGGAGUCUAGCAGGAAAUACCGUCUACCUGCUCACCAUCACCAACCCAUCCCGGACCCCUCAAGAGGCUGCUGCAAAGAAAGGUGUGGUCUUGAGCGCCAGGGCCCACCCUGGGGAGAGCAAUGGCUCCUGGGUCAUGAAAGGGUUUUUGGACUUCAUUCUUGGCAACUCCCCAGAUGCUGAGCUCCUCAGAGAUAUCUUUGUCUUCAAAGUGGUCCCCAUGUUGAACCCAGAUGGGGUGAUUGUGGGGAAUUACCGGUGUUCGUUGGCUGGAAGGGACCUGAACAGGCAUUAUAAAACCAUUCUGAAGGAGUCUUUCCCUUGUGUCUGGUACACCAGGAACAUGAUCAAGAGACUUCUUGAAGAAAGGGAGGUUCUCUUGUACUGCGAUUUCCACGGCCACAGCCGUAAGAAUAAUAUCUUCCUGUAUGGCUGUAACAACAGCGACCGCAAGCACUGGCUUCAUGAGCGAGUCUUCCCUUUAAUGUUAAGCAAAAACGCACCAGAAAAGUUCUCUUUUCAUAGUUGUAAUUUUAAGGUCCAAAAGUGCAAAGAAGGAACGGGACGCGUUGUGAUGUGGCGGAUGGGAAUCCUGAACAGCUACACCGUGGAGUCUACCUUUGGCGGGUCCACCCUGGGCAAUAAAAGAGACACUCAUUUUACCACUGAGGAUCUGAAGUCCCUGGGCUAUCAUGUCUGUGACACCCUUCUGGAUUUCUGUGAUCCUGACCGAGCCAAGUUCAUGCAGUGUCUAGCAGAGCUAAAGGAGCUCUUACAACAGGAAAUCCAUAAGAAAUUCAAUGAACUUGGACAAGAUGUGGAUUUAGGAGAAAGUUGGAAUGACAUCUCUUUGUCUGACAUUGAAUCCAGCACCAGUGGUUCUGACAGUUCCCUCUCCGACGGCCUCCCUGUUCACCUCCUGAACAUAGCAGAUGAGUUGAACCAGAAGAAGAGGGUGGAUAAGAAGAAAAAAAAGAAGCCACCUCAGACAAGGAAACAGCGAAAUGAACAGUAUCAGAAAAACAAUGUGAUACGGGAGUUCAAGUCCACAGAAGAUGCCCUGGAGAAGGCAGGAUUUGCUUCUACAGCGCAGAAGCGGUCUACCUUUCCCAGAGAUUCAGAGCGUGCCGGCUCUUCAACAAUCCAAAAUGAAAAACCAAGGCUGAGUGAGUCACAGUUAAAUCGAAAAGACAAAGGCCUCUCCCUGGACCCAUCAGAAGCGACAGCCUUGGUUCUGACUAAGAAUAAAGAAAGAAUGCAGAGAGAAAAGCCAGGACAGACAGUGUCCUGCUCUCCGAAGAGAAGCCCAAACUCCGGCCGAGAGCCCGCCCCAGAUGCAACGUCCAAGUGGCUCCGGAACAGGUUUCUUGCCACAAAGAGAGGCCGGGCGGCGAUGGUGGUGUACCCGUCCCUGCACGUGUGCACGUACCCGUAGGCACCUGGGCCGUGCCCCCGGUGCUGCCUCGGCACGUGUGGGUUCGACACGUUUGUGAUGAGGGGAGUGGUGUGGCGGGCAGGCGCUCUCAUCAUGGUGUGCUGUGUGGUGUGUUCGUGCACACCGACCUUCCACCACGCACUCACGCGCGUGCAAGCCUUCAAGACGCGUGCCUCGGGCAUUAAAUUAUUUUUCACAAAAUGGAGUUUCAUGAAAAUGAAUAAAAAACCUUUGUCAGAAGUUGAAUGUGUGCUUAUGGAACUGCAUAGCACAGAUAUACCUCAUUUUAGCUAAUAGAUAUUCUCUCUAAAAUUAUGUGAAAAUCAAUUUUAAAA